UUACCAGAUCUCGUGGAGAAUCGGAAACAAAAAUAAGCAGUGAAAACGACAAGACGCAACUGCAGGUCAUUCUUGAAGAUAGGUACUCGAGCCAUGGUAUUAAGAAGCUGGGUGAUUUAUUUACUUCUACACCUGACAGGCAAAGUGUCUCUGCAGAACUCUGCAGAUAAAAUUGAUAGUGUUGUUGGAGACUCCGUCAUCUUGCCAUGUUUAUAUGAAAAUCAACAACGAAGUACUGAUGUACUUUGGCGACACAAUGUAAGCAGAAGAGUGUUAAAUAUUAUAAAUGGCAAACCCUCAACAGAAAAGCAGGAUGACAUGUUCAAGAAUCGUACAGAAAGUUUCCCUUCAGAGUAUUCAAAGGGAAACUACUCAAUUGAGCUGAAAGAUCUGAAGCUGACGCAUGCAGGAAACUACACUUGUUUUUUUCCAAAAUUAAAUGAGAAAAAGAUGCUACAGCUUGUUGUCAGAGAAAAGCCUGUAGAACCAACUCGAAAACCAAGAAACUCGUCUACGGAAGCACAAUCACUGAAGAUUUUGACUUUUCUAAUUGCUCUAGUGGGACUUACUCUGCACCUUAUCUGAGUUUUGCUUUCAGUGCCUGUAACAUUUGGUUGCAUUUAGUGACCAUGACCAGCUGGGUUUGCCAUUGACAUUUAAUGUCGCAGGUUUGGUUUCUCAAGCUGUGGAUCAUCAGUUUGUUUUUACCACUAUGGCAGAGAACGCUUGAUUGGACAUUAUAUUUUUCAUACUCAUUAUGUUUGGACCACUGUGCUGUUGACUUGGGUUCCGUUGAUAUGUUGAAUGUAUUAUUAGAGGCCAAGCACUGCAGGUGUGUAAGCACUUAUUUUAUUUUAUUAGCACAUAGAAACCUUCAUAGAACAGUUGUGUAAUUUGACCCAAAAUUAAGUAGGUAUAGUUUAAUACCAUUUUUUCAUAUCUGAUACCCAUACCACAGCCUUGAGAAUCUAAUCCUUGAAUCCAAACAUGCCAGUCUGUCCGCCAUUUAGAUUUAUUACAUAAACCGUUUUAGCCAAUUGCUUCUAGGCUGUUCGGCCGAUCCAGACAAAACUAUUAAAAUAUUAACCUUUGAUAUUUUAGGAAACGUACAAAUUUUGAUGUGCACAUUAAUGUUAAUGGAUAUAACUCUUAAAGGGUUAGUUCACCCAAAAAUGAAAAUUGGCUUGUGUUUUACUCACCCUCGAGGC